AUGAAACAAGGCAAGCAAUAAGGAUAAGCACAAUAUGAUGUAUUGAAAGGAGCAAUCAAAGGAUAGGUUUGUACAAGAUUUCCACCUGAGCCAUCUGGUUAUUUACAUAUUGGUCAUAUUAAAGCAUCAGUACUGAAUUAUAGAUAUUCCAAAAUGUAUGAAGGCAAAAUGUUGGUGCGUUUUGAUGAUACAAAUCCAUCGAAAGAGAAGGCUGAAUAUCAAGAGGCCAUCUUAGAAGACUUGAAAACUCUUUAAAUCGAGUGGGCAAACUUGUCACAUUCAAGUGAUUACUUCGACCUUGCAGAAGAAAAAGCAAGAUUCUUAAUUAAGAGAGGAUUGGCUUAUUGUGACAAUACAGAUAAAGAAACUAUGAAGAAGGAAAGAUUUGAUGGAAUUGAGAGUGUUAAUAGAAAUGAAUCUGUCGAAGAGAAUCUAGAGAUAUUUGAUUAAGUGUUAGCUGGAAAGACUUUUGAUUACUGUUUGAGAGCUAAAAUUGACAUGAAGGCUUUAAAUAAAUGCAUGAGAGAUCCAGUUCUCUACAGAACAAAUUAAACACCACAUCAUAGAACAGGUACUAAAUAUGAGGCGUACCCAACUUAUGAUUUUGUAUGCCCAAUUUUGGAUAGUGUUGAAGGAGUUACUCAUGCAAUGAGAACAAAUGAAUACUCUGAUAGAAUUACAUAAUAUCAAUGGGUAUAAUAAGCAUUGGAAUUAAGACCAGUUGAGAUUUAUGAAUUUUCAAGAUUGAACUUCGUUAAUACUUGUUUGAGCAAGAGAAAACUUUAAGAAUUUGUAGAUUAAGAGGUUGUAGAAGGAUGGUAGGAUCCUCGUUUCCCAACUCUUAGAGGUAUCAUAAGAAGAGGAAUCACAGUUGAAGCCUUACAUGAUUUUAUGUUGGAAUAAGGACCAUCAAAGAAUGCCAAUCUUCAAACUUGGGAUAAGCUUUGGGCUAUCAAUUUCACAAAGAUUGAUCCCAUUGCUCCAAGAUAUACAGCUGUAGGAAAGGAAGGAAUUGCUAUUUUGACUAUUUCAGAUUAUGGAGAUUAAGGUAUUGAAGUAGUCACUGUGCCUUAACAUCCUAAAAACGAUUGAAUUAGGCACAAGACCUUUAUU